CGCGGGGGCGCUGUGGCUCCGGGCGGAGGAGCAGCCGAGGCAGCGGAGCCGGCGCGCGCGUCCUGCGGUCCCUCCCGGCGCCCGUUCUCCAAAGGCCAUGGAUGAAAAUGAAAGCAACCAGUCCCUGAUGACAAGCAGCCAAUAUCCUAAAGAAGUAGUAAGAAAACGCCAGAAUUCUGCACGGAAUUCUGGAGGAAGUACUUCUGGGUUUUCCAGGAAAAGUUUCAAACUGGAUUACAGACUAGAGGAAGAUGUAACUAAAUCAGAGAGAGGGAAGGAUGGGAGAUUUGUUAAUCCUUGGCCAACAUGGAAAAGUCUCUCUAUCCCAAAUAUUCUCAGAUGGCUGAUAAUGGAAAAAGAUCACAGCAGCAUUCCGAGUUCCAAAGAGGAACUUGAUAAGGAACUCCCUGUGCUUAAGCCAUAUUUUGUCAGUGACCCCGAAGCAGCUGGAGUGAGCGAAGCUGGCUUAAGAGUCACGUGGCUGGGACAUGCCACGGUAAUGGUGGAAAUGGAUGAGCUCACCUUUCUCACGGACCCCAUGUUUAGCUCUCGUGCUUCACCCUCGCAGCACAUGGGUCCAAAGCGUUUUCGGCACGCACCGUGCUCUGUCAGUGAGCUGCCCCACAUAGACGCGGUCCUCAUCAGUCACAACCACUACGACCACCUGGACUACAGUUCUGUCAUCUCUCUGAAUGAGCGAUUUGGUAAUGACUUGAGGUGGUUUGUGCCUUUGGGUCUCCUCGACUGGAUGCAGAAAUGUGGCUGUGAGAACGUGAUCGAGCUGGACUGGUGGGAGGAGAAUUGUGUCCCCGGACACGACAAGGUCACCUUUGUCUUUACGCCUUCCCAGCACUGGUGUAAAAGGACUCUACUGGAUGACAACAAGGCUCUGUGGGGCAGCUGGUCUGUGUUGGGCCCUUGGAAUCGUUUUUUUUUCGCAGGAGACACUGGUUAUUGCCCUGCUUUUGAAGAGAUAGGAAGAAGAUUUGGACCUUUUGACCUUGCAGCUAUUCCCAUUGGAGCAUAUGCACCAAGGUGGUUUAUGAAAUACCAGCAUGUGGACCCAGAAGAAGCUGUAAGGAUUCACAUUGAUGUUCAAACAAAGAAAUCUGUGGCCAUUCACUGGGGAACUUUUGCCUUAGCAAAUGAGCAUUACUUAGAGCCUCCAGUGAAACUGAAUGAGGCUCUAGAAAGGUAUGGACUUAAGAAUGAAGACUUUUUUGUCUUGAAGCAUGGGGAAUCAAGAUACCUCCAUACCAAUGAAGACAGCUUUGAAUAAAUAGGAGCACAGGAGCUUUAAGUGAAAUAAAUUUGAUAUAAAUUUGAAAGACUACGAAAUUCAUGAUUAUGAUUUUUUACAUUUGGAAACUUCCUUUACAUCUGCAAGUUUCUGUUUUAUGUUUUAUGUAAUAACUUUACUAAUACGAUUGCCAGUUCACAUAAACAAAGAG